UGGGCUGGCCCAUAUCAAGUUAGCGCGCAUCAUUUACAGUGUAGCUACGUAAUACCUACACCGUGGGGGGUUGAAGUACCUACGUCACAUCUUGGACACUUCGCCUAUCUACCAGCCUAGACCUAUCUACUGCAUAGCAAACUAAUAGAUAUAAAGCCUUGAAGCGUCGGUAUAUAGGUACACAUACCGAGCCCACCAUGUCGUCUACAUCCUCGGGGUCGGGGAAACCUCCCAGGGGCAUUCUCAAGAAACCCUCCACAGCUCCUCCAAGCUCGGCAACCACUACUACCGCCACCUCCUCCACGUCAAUCCUAAACCCGCAGCCGAACCCGAAUCCCGGGAAGACCGAAAAGCCCGAUCCUCGCGAAGUCGCCAUCCGUCGCGCCAACAUCAUCCAGCAGCAGUGGGAGCUCGAGGACCGGGUCCAGGACUCCAUCAUCGAGCUGUCGCGGUUCCCCCACGCGCCUCCUCCUUCUCCCCCUCCUACUUCGGGCGACGGCGACAAGAGCCAGGCCGGCGGCGCCGGGGACCCGGCCGCGCGGCCGUCGGCCUCGGACGCGGCGCGCUUCCGGGAGCUCGUGCGGCUCUUCCAGCCGGGGGACUACGAGGACCUGAUCGAGGAGCGCAACGCGCGGGGCGCGUGCGGGUACGCGCUGUGCCCGCGGCCCCGCCUACGCUUCCCCUCCUCGGGCGGCUUCAAGCUCGUCCGCUACGGCCGCCCCGACUUCAACAUCGUCCCCCGCCGCGAGCUCGAGCGCUGGUGCUCCCAGCCCUGCGCCCGCCGCGCCAUGUACGUCAAGGUCCAGCUCGCCGAGACCGCCGCCUGGGAGCGCGCCGGCAUCCCCAGCAUCCGCAUCGAGCUGCUCGACGACUACGACCCGGACGGCCGGCGCGCCGACCCCGAAGCCGCCGAGGAGCGCGUCCGCCGCGAGCUCGAGAGCCUCCGGCUCGACGGCGAGCGCAAGGCCAACCGCAACGCGCGGGACCUCGCCCUCGAGCGCGGCGAUGUCGGAGUUGGGGGUGGUGAGCCCCCCGCCCGGUCCGUUGAGGUCGUGAUCGCAGAGAAUGUGAUGACGAAGGCGGUGGAAGAACCUUCGUUGCCUCUUGCCGGCGACGGCGACGUGCAUUUGCUACUGGAUGGCUACAAGACUAAGUUUGGCCUCGGGUCUGAAACAACUUCUACGGGCGUUGGCGUCGUAAAGGCUGUGGACGAAGAAUAAAAGAAGCCCGUUUUCUCACUGAUGGCCCAUCAUUUAUAAUGAUGUCAUGACCACAUGAUGGGAUGCGACAAAGGGCACUCAGACGUUGAGGUCGUAGCGAAACGAGAUACCCCAGAUGAUACUUACACGAUACCUCGCUAAAAAACGUACCUAAUACGGCGUAAAGAUAAAAAAAGAUCGAGGGGCCAGGAAACCUCGAACCGUUGACAUUACGGGUAGGUAGUCUUAGCAUUUUCGCACGAAUAGUAUCCAGCUAUAGUCGUUUGUAUGCUACAGACGG